CAAAUUCAAAAUAAUAAAUUGAUCCCGCCGUUAACUUCACCGGAGAAGAAAACCGUGUUUCUCGACCUGGACGAAACACUGGUGCACAGUUCGGUCACUUUGCCCAAUCGCUUUGACUUCCUCGUCCGUCCCAUUAUUCAUGGCACCGAGAUGAGAUUCUACGUGAUCAAACGUCCCGGAGUUGACCAAUUUUUGCAAAAGCUUGCGGAGAAGUACGAGGUGGUGGUGUUCACGGCGGGGAUGAGAGAGUACGCCUCGCUCGUGCUGGACCGACUGGAUAGGCAUGACGUGAUCAUAUCCCACCGCCUCUACCGCGACUCGUGCAAGGAGGUGAACGGCAAGUUGGUGAAGGACCUGUCCGGUUUGGGACGUGACUUGCGGAGCGUGGUGAUCGUGGACGAUAACCCCAACUCGUAUGUUCUCCAACCGGAAAAUGGGAUUCCAGUCCGGCCGUUCAUAUAUGACAUGCCAGACGGGGAGCUGAGGAAGUUGUUGAUGUUUUUUGAGAGCGAGGGGUCUCAUGAGGACAUUAGAGAUGCUGUGAGGGAGUAUGUUCAUAGAGACGGGAGGAUUUCUGAUGAUGAUGACCUGAACGACGAUGAUAGCAGUGCUAGUGAGACUGGUGAUGAUGAUGAAUUAGAGACGGGGAAUGGAAAGUUUACUAAUGUUCCGGUAUUAACAACCAGUAAUUCAUCAACACCAUGCUGCAUGAUUAAUCUGCAUGAUUAUUAUCCACCGGCAAAACCAGUAGCUACGGAGUCUUGGAUCAAGACGGUGAUCUUAUGUAUUUUGAUAUUGAUGAUUAUCAAUGUAAUCUUAUGCUUACUAAUUUUAUGGAAAGCAUAG